AUGUCAAUUCAAGGUUACCUGCUGAAGCAGCUUCUGGGAAAAGGACUUUUCUGCUGUCUUCUGCUUUUACAGGACAUCUUCUUCUCAUCACUGUCCUCUUCAGUUGCCCUUGAGGAAGUGUUGUGUAAGAUGGCUUAUCGGUUGGCACUCCUCUGUGUGCUGUUUGGGCGAGGGAUGGCAUUUCUGCCAACAUCAUCGCCUAUCUUUACCACAGAAACACAUACCUUCAUAACUGAAAAUGCAAUACUCAGAGAGGCUGCGGAGGCAUGUGAGGCAGUAGCACAAGCACAGGGACAGGACUUCUCACCACCGGGUGUCCUGGCUUCAUGUUUGGGGGUGCAAGACGGUGAAGAAGGUGUGUCAGCGUCGCAGUUCAGAACGCUGUUGGAUGAAAUCAUCGGCAUGAACGUUCUCGUAGACAGAGAUCAACAGUCUAGUCCCGCCAGCCACUUCCACGACGAAGAGAUCGUCACGGGUCGUGACCUCAUUACCGAAGGGCGGGUCGUCAUCAGAGAAAGCCUGCGACAGAACAACCUACAAGCGGCGAGGCGGCGUCUGGGUACCAUCAGUCACAUUCUUCAGGAUUUCUAUAGUCAUAGUAACUGGAUUGAUUUGGGGAACACAAACACGUACGCUAAUUUGUUACGGCCAGACCUCCCCCUGGAGAACCUCACAGGUGUGUGUUUGCCUGCAUGCGUGUAUGCAGAAACCCAGACCUGCAGCCUUCCCAACAUCAUCCUGCCAGAUAUUCUGAGCACACAGAGACUUACCUCAGGAUACCUCGCUUCCCUAGGUGUACCUCCAGGUAAGUGUGGCCAUAGGAGUGACUCCUCUCCCGGAAUCGAUAAAGAUUUUCCAGAAAGCGACCUUCCUCCAGGCGCGACCGAUCUUCAUCUUGCUGCAGCAAUUGCAGCAGAACGUGCAACCGGGGAACUGCUGCGGAGUAUUCGCAACAGCGCAGGGGAUGACAGCUUUCUGCGGAUGCUGGGCCUCACUCGUUCCUCUGUGGUGUGUUUUGUCAUUGACACCACAGGGAGCAUGAGAGAUGAUGUGGCUGAGGUGCGAAGAGUAACCAAUGAAAUCGUCGAUAGAACCAGAGGGACACAAAAUGAACCUGCACAAUAUAUCCUGGUCGAAUUCAAUGAUCCAGGCUUGGGGCCUGUGCACAGAACCACAGAUGGAGAGGCCUUUAAGGAGAUUUUGGCUGGGCUCCGGGUCUCUGGGGGAGGAGACAUACCUGAGUUAAGCCUCGGUGGUCUGCAGUUGGCCCUCACUACAGCACCUCCUUCAUCUGACAUUUUUGUUUUCACCGAUGCCCCAGCGAAGGACACUGACUUGGAGGGGGCGGUCCGCUCCCUGAUAGACAGUACCAACUCAAGGGUGACAUUUUUUCUCACUAACCUGCUGCCUAGAAGGACAAGGAGGAGCGUCGUGACAAACCCUGUCAACUCGCUGUAUCAGGAACUGGCCCAAACGUCCGGGGGACUGGCCAUUGAGGUUACCAAGGAUACGCUGCCUCAGGCCACAGGGGUCAUACUCGAUUCCAUCACCUCUUCACUGGUGAAUCUGUUACAGAUUUCUAGGGAUCCCGGUAGCCCUGAGAAUUUCUCGUUCCUGGUGGAUCCAUCAGUCCAAAAUGUGACCAUUUAUAUUACUGGACUGUCAGUCAGCUUCACACUGAUCAGUCCCUCAGGUGCGUCUCAGGAGAGUGCGAUGCCAUCUGGGCCACUGGCAGUGGUCUCUGAGGUGGGGAAUCUCCGUACGGUCCAUUUGACCGCGUACAAUCAAACAGGGCUGUGGCGAAUAGGCAUCAGUUCCACUCGUCCAUACGAAAUCAGAGUCACAGGGCGCAGCAGGUUGGAUUUCUCGUUCCAGUUCGUCGAACUCUUCCAGGGGCCUCAUCCUGGCUUUGUGGAGAUAGAGGGACGACCUCCGGCAGGGGAGAACGCAACGAUAGUGGUAAGGGUGACGGGUGCAGGUUCCCUGUCUGGGCUGGAGUUGUUACUUGUUGAUGUUGGCGGAGCUGUAGUGCGGAACACCACCGUGGAAUCACUGGGGAGGGGGGCGUUCCUCGUCUCCGCGCCGCGUAUUCCGGACAGCCCCUUCAGGCUGCAGCUGCGGGGUGAAAAUGACGGACAGCCAUUUCAGCGUCAGGCGCCCAAUCAGCUUCAAGCCUCACGGAUCUCUGUGCAGAUCCAGAGAACUGCCACUCUUGAACCUGGGGUUCCGUUUUCUAUCCCCUUCACUGUAACAACAAGUGGGAGUGUGAGUAACAUCACCGUACGAGUCCAGGCUGACCGGGACUUCUUGAAAGCAUUCACACCAAGUGAGGUCACAGUAGAUGGUGCUGGCAGUGUUAAUGGUUCGUUAGACUUUUUGGCUCCGAGAACCACACCAUCAGGCUCCGCCUCCACUGUGACUAUAGAGGCAAAAUCAGCUUCAACAGGACAGUCUAACUAUGCCCUGCUCCUCCUGUCUGUCAUCAGAAGGGUCACAGACUUCACGCCACCAGUAUGUCGUGUCUUAAAUGUCAGUGGAGAGUGUCCCAUUCCCUGCACCAAUGCCACCUGGGAAAUCUCUCUAGUCCUGUCUGACGGUAAUGGAACAGGUAUUGAACGAGUUUUUACUCGUGGUGCCCCUGGAAACCUCACACUAAGGGACGACAAGGAUGAAAGUGGGGCAAAUAUAACCGUAGCAUCUUUCAUCACCUCCUGCUGUGAGGAGUCUGUGGACUUUGUGGCGGUAGAUAUGGCAGGUAAUGCUGGAGUGUGUUCCUUCAGAAUCAGGACCCCAACCCCAACUACUACUCCUACUUCUCCUACUACUACUACUACUCCUACUCCUCCUCCUACUACUACUCCUCCUACUCCUACUACUACUCCUACUACUACUACUACUACUCCUACUACUCCUACUACUACUACUACUUCUACUUCUGCUUCUACUCCUACUACUACACAUACUCCUACUACUACUACUACUCCUGCUCCUACUACUGCUACUACUACUCCUACUACUACUCCUACCACUCCUCCUACUCCUCCUCCUACUACUACUACUACUUCUGCUUCUACUCCUACUACUACACCUACUCCUACUCCUCCUACUACUACUACUACUACACCUACUCCUACUCCUACUACUCCUACUACUACUCCUACUACUCCU